UCGGCCGCCGCCACCAUGUGCGAGCUGUACUGCAAGCAGGACACUCUGGCGUUGAGAAGGAAGCACAUCGGGCCCUCGUGCAAAAUUUUCUUUGCUGCGGAUCCCCUCAAAAUCGUGCGAGCCCAGCAGCAGUACAUGUUUGACGAGAAAGGUGAACAGUACCUGGACUGCAUCAACAACGUCGCCCAUGUGGGACACUGUCACCCAGAAGUGGUCAAAGCUGCCCUGAAGCAGAUGGAACUGCUCAAUACAAAUUCCCGAUUCCUCCACGACAACCUUGUGGAGUACGCCAAGCGCAUUUCCGCCACCCUGCCGGAGAAACUCUCUGUUUGUUAUUUUACAAACUCAGGAUCUGAAGCCAAUGACUUAGCUUUACGCCUAGCUCGGCAGUUUCGGGGCCACCAAGAUGUGAUCACUCUCGACCAUGCUUACCAUGGUCACCUAACAUCUUUAAUUGAGAUCAGUCCAUAUAAAUUUAGAAAGGGCAAAGAUGUCAAGAAAGAAUUUGUGCAUGUGGCACCAAUUCCAGAUACUUACAGAGGAAAAUAUAGAGAAGACCAUCCGGACCCAGCCAGCGCUUAUGCAGAUGAAGUGAAGAAAAUUAUUGAAGAAGCUCAUAAGAAUGGAAGGAAGAUUGCUGCCUUUAUUGCUGAAUCCAUGCAGAGUUGUGGCGGACAAAUAAUUCCUCCAGCAGGCUACUUCCAGAAAGUGGCAGAAUACGUCCGUGGAGCAGGGGGCGUGUUUAUCGCUGAUGAAGUCCAGGUCGGCUUUGGGCGAGUUGGGAAACAUUUCUGGAGCUUCCAAAUGCACGGCAAAGACUUUGUCCCGGACAUUGUCACAAUGGGGAAACCAAUGGGCAAUGGCCACCCGGUGGCAUGCGUGGUGACAACCAAAGAAAUUGCCGAAGCCUUCAGCAGCUCUGGGAUGGAGUAUUUCAAUACGUACGGAGGAAAUCCAGUAUCUUCUGCUAUUGCUUUGGCUGUCCUGGAUAUAAUUGAAAAUGAAGACCUUCAAGGAAAUGCCACAAGAGUAGGGAGUUAUCUUACUGAGUUACUCAAUAAACAGAAGGCUAAGCACACUUUGAUAGGAGAUAUCAGGGGCGUCGGCCUUUUUAUCGGAAUCGACUUAGUGAAGGACCAUCAGAAAAGGACCCCCGCCACAGCCGAAGCUCAGCACGUCAUCUACAAGAUGAAGGAAAAGCGAGUGCUUCUCAGUGCCGAUGGGCCGCACCGAAAUGUGCUUAAAAUAAAACCACCCAUGUGCUUCACUGAAGAAGAUGCCAAGUUUUUGGUGGACCAGCUUGAUGGGAUUCUAACAGCUUUGGAAGAAGCCACUGGAGCCAAGACGGAGAGCGAGGCGGUCUCUGGGAACACGACAAGCAGAACAAAGGUGCCUAAGGACGCCCACUCGGAAUCGCUCGGUGAGGGUACCCAGGACCAGAAAGAAAAUCCCAGCCAAAAGAGAAAUGGAUUGUGCACAGAUAAACAUUCCCUGCUCAGUAAGAGGCUCAAGACAUGA